UCCAAGAAGGUUUUAAGGAUUUCCCACAACAGACAGAGAGAGAGAAUCAAUCCUUUCCUUCAAUGAGAAGAUAAGGUAGGACCAAACAAAAUAAAUAAGGAAGGCCAUAUCUUUGAAAUGGAACAAGUGUGCUAAGGAAUUGGAAAGAGAACAAACCAAAGAUGGGAUUAAUAAGGAUCUUCUUUAUCAUGAUCUUCCUUCAUCUUCAUGUAUCUUCAUCUCCUUCACAAAAUCUCCUAGUUUCAGCCUUCAAUCAGCUAGAAAAUGGAAACAAAGCAGCACUAGACAAAGUACCGAUCAAGGUAGGAAGCAUUGGAAGAGUGACAACAGUUGAUAGGCGUGGCGGCGGUGGUGGUCAUGGAGGUGGUGGCGGCCAUGCUGCUAGUGGUGGUGGCAGUCAUGGAAGUGGUGGCGGUGGUAGAGGACAUGGAGGGUCAAACAACAAUAGGGGCAACGGUAUUGGUCGGGGAUAUGCAGCCGUAAUCCCCUUGUAUGCAGCUGGUGCAGGUGCACACCACAUCAAUAACAACCACCGCCAUGGUGGUAGAACCAGUGGCGCCACCACCAACUCCAUUGGUCGGUCUGUUUUGGUUUCUUCUAUCUUAGCCACUCUCUUUAUUUUGCAACACAUUUAACCUAGCUUUUUGGGUGUAUAUUUUCACAUACCUGUCAAAUACAAAAUAUUCCACAACAUAGUUUCUAUUUGUUUUCUUAUCUUGUACAUUAUAACAAUGUUUCUCAGAAAAUGUGAAGACUACAUUAAAGAAUAAACAACUUAUCUUGAUUUGAA